AUGAUGAUCGUGGACUUGGGCUGCUCCACUGGUCCAAAUGCGCUUGCAUUGGUAUCGAUCACCGUUGAGGCGAUCCACGCUAAUUGUCUUCAGUUCCAGCAACCACCACCGGAAGUGUGUGUGCUCCUCAACGAUCUCCCCGAGAACGACUUCAACACGGUGGUGAAGAGCCUGGUCACGCUCCGUCAAAGCAGCGAUCCUGUUGCCGUGACCGGUAUCACACCAGGCUCGUUUUACGAGCGGCUCUUCACCAGUGAAUCCUUGCAUCUUGUUUGCUCGUCCAAUAGCUUGCAUUGGCUCUCAAAGGCUCCAGAAGAUCUAACAAAAAAUCUCAUCCCAGCAUAUGACAUUGAUGAGCAUUCUAGGCAUGAAAGGCUCUUCCCAUGCAAAGAGCUGAGGGAAAUCAUCCAAGAAGAGGGCUCCUUUUCAAUCAGGGAGAUGCGGGCACAUGACCCUAGAACCGAUAUGAACAAUGCUCUCAGCACCCCAGGCAGGUUCACGAGAUUUCUUAGAGCUUUGUUUGAGCCGGUAUUGGUCCAACAUUUUGGAGAUGUCAUGGAUGAAUUCGUGAAGACCACGGAGCGGCGGUGGGUCCUAGAGGGAAGCUUGCAAGAGGAGAGGGCUAGAUGUCCUUAUGCUAUGCUGGUUGUAUCCCUUGCAAAGGCAUGA